AACCUUCAGUAUCUGACAUCAUUCUCCGACACCCCGGACAUGUUUUGGUGUAACACACAACAUUGAGAGUAGCAGAUGAUGAAGUGUUGUCUCCUGCUGCUCGACAUGUGCAGCCAGAUCAUCAUUCACCCGCUGAUUUAAACACGCAGCGUGUUUGUUUCUUUGAGAUCCUUCUAGCUGCCUCUUGAAUCAUGAGUGGCUCCAAGCCGGACAUCCUGUGGUCUCCCCACCACCCGGACCGCUAUGUCAUCUGUGACUCUGAGCUGGGACUUUAUCGCAUCGGACCUGUGGGCAGCUCAGAAACCAAGGCUGGCACUCUCCCGCUCUCUGAAGAAACUGCUGCUACUUUACUAGCCAUUAACUCCGACACCCCUUACAUGAAAUGUGUAGCCUGGUACCCGAAGCAUGAGCCCGAGUGUUUGCUCGCUGUGGGCCAAGCUAACGGCAGAGUGGUGCUCACCAGCCUGGGUCAGAGCCACAACUCCACGUGUAAAGAGCUGGUGGGGAAAGAGUUUGUGCCCAAGCACGCCCGUCAAUGCAACACUUUAGCCUGGAACCCGGUGGACAGCAACUUGCUGGCUGCUGGGUUGGACAAGCACAGAGCGGACUUCUCUGUCCUCAUAUGGGACAUUAGCAGUAAGUUUUCCCCAGAGGCCAGUGUGGCCUCUGAGAAGAUUCGUCUCUCAUCUGUGGAUUUGGACUCAAGCACAGUAGUGACCAAACCGUUGUAUGAGUUGGGCCAGAAUGAUGCUUGCUUGUCCCUCUGCUGGUUGCUUCGUGACCCAAAGCUGCUGUUGGCUGGCAUGCACCGGAACCUUGCAAUAUUUGACCUGAGAAACACAAGCCAGAAGACGUUUGUCAACACUAAGGCCAUCCAGGGGGUGACAGUCGACCCACACUUCCAUGACCGUGUGGCCUCUUUUUUUGAGGGCCAGGUGGCCAUCUGGGAUCUGAGGAAGUUUGAAAAGCCCGUGCUCACGCUCACUGAGCAGCCUAAGCCGCUCAGUAAGGUGGCUUGGUGUCCAACCCGUAAUGGCCUACUGGCCACGCUGACACGUGACAGCAACAUCAUCCGCCUGUACGACAUGCAACACACACCUACACCCAUCGGCGACGAGACGGAGCCCACCAUCAUCGAGCGAAGCGUGCAGCCCUGUGAAAGCCAGAUUGGCAGCUUUGCUUGGCACCCGUCCUCUCAGAAUCGCAUGGUGGUGGUGUCGGCAGCCAACCGGGUCAUGACUGACUUCACCGUGUUUGAACGCAUCUCGCUAGCCUGGAGCUCCACCAGCUCGCUCAUGUGGGCGUGCGGCAGACACCUGUAUGACUGCGUGGAGGAUGGGGCUGAAGGAGUGGAGAGCGUGAUUGAGAAAGACAUCGCCACUAAGAUGAGACAGAGGGCUCAAUCCAGGUACGGGCACGAUACCGUCCAGGUGUGGAGAAACCACUUGCUGGCUGGAGGGAACGAUCCCCAGCUCAAGUCUCUGUGGUAUGAUCUCUUUUAUAUGAAGCAGUGUGUAGAGGAUAUGGAGCUGAAACUGCAGGGGAACAAGCAGUCGGUGGUCUACUCUGGUAUCAAGAAUAUUGUAAAGAUCAGCUCAGGCACAACAGAGAGCCGCAGGUGCUGGAGCGGUUCAGACCGGCAGACGGAUGUACCGCGGUACCACAGCGAGGAGCGCUGCCUCGCCCUGCGGCUCUGCGGCUGGAUCAGCCGGGGCCCCGACAUCGACGUGGAGAUAUUCCUGCGAACACUGGAGCAGGAGCGCGAGUGGGAGCGGGCGGCCGCCGUGGCUCUGUUCAACCUGGACAUCCGCCGGGCCAUCCAGAUCCUCAACAAGGGAGCCACCGCUGAGAAGGGUGACCUGAACCUGAAUGUGGUUGCCAUGGCUCUGUCAGGCUACACCGACGAGAAGUCCUCCCUGUGGAGGGAGAUGUGCAGCUCUCUGAGGCUGCAGCUGAAGAACCCCUACCUCUGCGUCAUGUUUGCCUUUCUCACCAGCGAGCCUGGAGCCUAUGAUGGCGUGCUGUAUGAGAGCAGUGUUGCUGUGCGAGACCGAGUAGCCUUUGCCUGUAUGUUUCUCAGCGACGCACAGCUUCCUCGAUACAUCGACAAACUAACCAACGAGAUGAAGGAGGCGGGCAACCUGGAGGGCAUCCUGCUGACGGGGUUGACUAAAGAUGGCGUAGACCUUAUGGAGAGCUACGUGGACCGCACUGGAGACGUCCAGACUGCCAGCUUCUGCAUGCUGAAGGGUUCCCCAGGUGAAGUGUUGAAAGACCCUCGAGUCCAAUGCUGGAUCGAAAACUACCGCAACCUUUUGGAUGCUUGGAGAUUCUGGCACAAACGGGCCGAGUUUGACAUCCACAGAGGCAAGCUGGACCCCAGCUCCAAACCACUGGCCCAGGUGUUUGUGAGCUGCAACUUUUGUGGCAAGUCUAUCUCCUACAGCUGCUCGGCGAUGCCCCACCAGGGCCGUGGCUUCAGCCAGUACGGUGUCAGCGGCUCGCCCACCAAGUCAAAAGUCACCAGUUGCCCCGGCUGCAGGAAACCGCUGCCACGUUGUGCCCUCUGCCUCAUGAACAUGGGAACACCUGUUUCUAAUUGCCCAGGAACAGGGAAGUCAGAUGAGAAGGUGGACUUGACAAGGGAGAACAAACUCGCUCAGUUCAACAACUGGUUCACCUGGUGUCACAACUGUCGACACGGCGGCCACGCUGGCCACAUGCUCAGCUGGUUCAGAGACCACACAGAGUGCCCAGUGUCUGCCUGCACGUGUAAAUGCAUGCAGCUGGACACCACAGGGAACCUGGUGCCUUCAGACAGCAGCUAAACAGGAGACGCUUGUCGGAUAGUGAAGCCAAACACCAGCCCGAAGCCAACCAGUACAGGUUCACUGCUGCACCCGCCACACACAGACAACCGGGCAAGGGACAAAGGGGGUGCCAGCAGUGUCCUCCUCCGAAAGUGGCUGCUUGAAUCGAAUGACAUACUGUUAAGUUAUAGUCUAGUGAAUGUAAUGUUGUAACAGAGCCCUGUAUGAAAAAGGGAGGCAGUGUGUGUUACUGAUAUGACUAACUGAAUCAAUGAUCGAAAGGGAGAAAAUGCAAACUCACUGCUCUGCUAAUGUAAAUCCCACUCAGGAGAAAUACAAGAGGCUCUGCUGUAAUCAGCCUCUUCCAAUCUAACCUGAAUCAGGCUUAUGAUUUUAUUGUGAUCUAUUAAAAAAAAAAUCAAAUAUCCACUCACAUCAUGUUGUAAAGAUGUGAUCACAGGUGCCAAUAUGUCGGAGCUAUAUUUUAUGGUUUAAAUACGCUAUUUAACGUCUGUGUUUGUCUUACGAAAGGAUCUUCACAUACCUCAUGAAAGCAUUGUUCGGGGUGAAGGACGGUACCCCGGGUGACGGAGCGGAGUGUCGCGCACAAUAACAACACUCUCUUGCUCUCUUCAUGUUCCUCUGUGCCACUCUUCAUCUGGCAUUGUGCGGUUAGGGCUUCCAGUGUUGAGGGGGGGUGGUUUUGGGGGAGAGGAUGAGGAAUUGGAGAAGGUAGGGGUGAUGGGUGAUGAGGAGGAAAGGGUGGGAGGGUGCGUCUGUAUUCACCAGCCCACUCCAGGCCUGUGGUCCAUGAAAGAAGCUCGCCAGAAAACAGCAGCUGCUCGGCACUCUGACAAGACCCUCCAGAUUGUUCCCCUCAUAAAGAACCUCAGCUGCCGGAACACUAUUGACUCAAAGAGAGGGCGAGAGAACAGACAGCCUGAGCCCUGUACCCCCCCUCGUACACCCUCCGACAUACACAGACUUGCCCUCUCUUUCUUUCUCCCUCUCUGUGGUGCCCAAAUUGCACCCAAAAACUAUGCAUACCACACAUCAAUCCAAGGAUGGGCGCCGUCUGUGGGGGGACGGCCGUGUGUAAGCCGCAUUGUAAAUGGGUUUUCUCUCUUUCUCUGCCACCCUCCCCGCUCUGUCACUAACCUAGGGAGGCAUUGUAAGUGAGAGGCGGCCUGCACCAGAGCUGGCUAAAUCACUUAGUCAUGGAGUAGGGAGGAGGAGGUGAGGAGGAGGAGGGUUGGGGGGGGCACAGGAGCUACUGUAUGCCGCUUUCACCAGGAUCUCUUCCCGGUGUGGGAGGUUUUAUAGGCCUGCAUGCCCUUUUGUGAACUAUUUUGGAGUGGAGCUGACAAAUUGGCGAGCCGUGUAGCGUCCCGAAAAACAGGGUGGCUGGAAUUUCAUCCUUUCAGUGUUUCUUGUGUUUGCCUUUUAAAUAAAUUCCGGCUGACAAAUUGAAGCGCUGCUGAAUGGGGCGUUUUCCAUAA